AUGGAGUACAGCAUCAAUGAUCCGAAAUGUGACGCACCACUAGAAGACCAGCUUCGAAAAGAACCAAAAGAGUGUGUUAUCGAUCAGGUCGAGAAGACUUUUAUUGCCACAUCAACAUCAGAAGAAGAAAAAGAAAAAGAAAAAGAUGCUGUCAACAAUCCUCCAGAAACCCAUAGCCUACUCGCCUAUCUCAUCAUCCCAGCCUCCUUCUUCAUCUGGUUCAAUUCCUGGGGCGCCAUAAAUGCCUAUGGAGUCUUCCAAACCCACUAUCAAAUUUCUCUCCUCUCUCAAUACUCUCCCUCCACCAUAGCCUGGAACGGCUCCGUCCAAAAUUUUCUCCUCCUCUUCGUAGGCUUCCUAUCAGGACCUCUGUACGAUGCCGGAUAUGCAACUUACUUGGUAUGCGGGGGAGCGGCUUUGACUGUUUUGGGCAAGAUGAUGUUGAGUCUUGCGCAAGAGGGCGAGUAUUAUCAGGUCUUCUUGGCACAAGCGACUUGUGUAGGACUGGGCUGGGGACUGAUGUUUACGCCUGCUGCGUCGAUGCCAGGGAGGUUUUGGAAGGGAAAACAGUUGGGAGUGGCGGCUGGAGUGGCUGGCGCAGGAGCCAGUGUUGGCGGAGUUGUAUACUCCCUUGGCUUCAGCCAGCUUUUGCAAAGCUCCGCCGGAUUUCCAUGGGCGACCAGAUUCCUCGGCUUUCUCGCCCUCAUCACCUUAUCUCCCUCCUGCAUCAUAAUAGCCCUUGGCUGUCAAAAGCACCCAUCCCCAUCUAUCCGCCGCCGCCGCAAUCUCAUCGACAAAACUACCUUCAAAGACCUCCCCUUCAUCAUCUAUCUCAUCGGCGGCAUCUUCACCAUGGCAGGCAUGCAAGCACCAUAUUACUACACCACUUUAUACGCCAUUGACCUCGACAUAACAUCCUCCCAAACAGCCUUCUACAUCAUCACCGCAAUCAACGCCGGAAGUUUUUUCGGAAGACUUUUCCCUCCAUUCUUGACACCACGACUCGGGAUCUUCAACACAUUAAUUCUCUUCUAUUUCGCUACCAUUACUAUCUGUUUCUCAUUCAUCUCCGCUCCCUCCUCCUCCUCCUCCUCCUCCUCCUCCUCCUCCUGCGGCAGUAUCUUUGCCUUGGCAACUUUUUAUGGAUUUUUCUCUGGAGCGGUGGUUACAUUGGGUCCCAGUACGAUUUUACAAAUGACUUCAGAUCCUAGACUCUGGACCACUAGAAUGGGAAUGGCAUUCGCUAUUCCUUCGUUUGGAGUUUUGGUCGGUUGUCCUAUUUUUGGACAUAUCUUGAAGGUGACCCAUAGCUAUACUUAUGUAUGGGUGAUGUCUGCGCUGUGUAUGACGAUCGGAGCUAUGUCUUUGAUUGUGUGUCGGAUCGCACAGUCUGGAUGGGUCUUUUUCAAGAGAGUUUGA